ACUCUAAAAAAUGCCUAUACUAUUGGAUAUAUAACUUGCAGUUAUAAUUUUUCAUAAAUUUAUACAGUGAGCCUUUAUAUUACGACAACGAAAAGCGUAAAAUAAAUUUCAAAAUAGUUUUGAAAAAUCAACGAAUAUGGAAACCGAUCAGGAGGAACUUAGUGCCGGUAAACGCUGCAAAUACUUCUUCAAAAACCAUUGGAGAGGAUUUACCGCAUUUACGGCACCCAUCUUGUUGUUGCCAUUGCUUUUCAUAGAACCCAAUAAGGAAAUGCACUGUUGUUAUGUGGUGUGUUUGAUGGCCAUUUUCUGGAUUGGUGAACUAUUUCCACUAGGCAUAACUUCGCUCUUACCAGUGCCGCUCUUUCCACUGCUGGGCGUUUUGGAUACCACGACCACAGUUAAUGCAUAUUUUCCUAACGCCAUUAUAUUGUUCUUCGGCAGUUUGGUGAUCUCCUUAGCCAUCGAAUAUUCGAAUUUGCAUAAACGUAUUGCCUACGCUGUACUCUCCGUUAUUGGCUGUAAAAUAUACAGAUUACAUUUUAGUAUGCUAUAUAUUACAAUGUUCGUAUCGAUGUGGAUCUCGAACUCGGCAGCAACGGCCAUGAUGUGUCCGGUCAUUAAGGGAACUUUAGAAGAAAUGUCUUCACAAGGUGUGGUUGAGAUGUGGGAUACUACCAAGGUGCUGGGUCCAGAAGAUUUGCCGUACCCUUCCAGAGUACAAAUUGCAUUCUACCUCGGUGUAUCUUAUGCCGCGUCCAUGGGCGGUUUAGGUACGCUUAUUGGCACUGGUACAAAUAUUGCUUUCAAAGGACUUUUCGAAGGAACAUUUCCCAAGUCAACCACAUUGGGUUUUCUACCAUUCAUGGCUUUCAAUGUGCCACCAAUGCUCGUCAAUACCACACUUAUGGCCAUAGGCUUACAAUGGCAGUUUAUGGGCCUCUUCCGAUCGAAGAGUAAACAAAUUAGUUCAUCGAAAGAAGCGGAAGAGGCGGCACGUGAAGUCAUUAGAGAGAAAGCAAAAGAACUGGGAAAAGUUUCGUGUCACGAAAUCCAAGUGGGCAUACUAUUCAUACUCAUGAUAAUACUUUUUCUCACACGGAAACCGGGCAUUGGUGAUCUCAAAGGCUAUGCGGACAUUAUAAAUGAAAAAAAUAUUCAAUCAUCUGCUGGCCUCUCCGCAGUCUCAUUUCUACUUUUCGCAUUGCCCGUCAAUUAUUUAUGCAUAAAGUACUUCAUAUGCCGAAAACCGGAUGUGGAGGGCACAGCGACACCGGUUCUCGAUUGGUCCUGGUUCUCCGUGCGUCACUCAUGGGGUUUACUCUAUCUGCUUGCUGGUGGUUUCGCACUCGCCGAGGGUGCGUCUAAGUCUCAUUUUGCUGCGUACGUUGGCGAUUCCUUGUCGGCUCUAGAGGUGUUACCACCAUGGCUUUUACAAUUCAUUUGCUUUUGUGUUGCCGUAUUCGCGACCGCUUUCACAUCCAAUGUUGCCAUGUGUAAUAUUCUAAUACCCAUAUUAAUAAAUUUGUCGUUAUCGGUUAAAGUAAAUCCGGCUUAUAUUUGCUUCCCCGCUGCUUUGGGUCUAAGCAUGGCUUUUCAUCUGCCCGUCAGCACGCCGCCAAAUGCUAUAGUGGCGCAAUUUGGCAACAUUCGUACAAAGGAUAUGGCGGUCGGUGGCAUCUUGCCCACAAUAAUUGUCACCGUUUCACUGUUGGGCUUUAUGCAGACAUGGGGUCUUGUAAUAUUUCCAGAUCUAAAUGAAUUUCCAGAUUGGGCUAAUUCUACCAAUGCAAAAGUUUAGUUUAGUUUGUUGAUUUUAUUCAUUAUUUAGUGUAGAGAAUAUUUGUACUUUUAAUAUAAAAAUUUCCACUAUUAAC